AUGAAUGGAAAAGAGGUUUCAAGUGGCUCUGGAAGAACGCAGAGCAACAACAACAAAAAAAAUAACAACGGAGGCAGUACAGGAAUCUCGCAUGCGUCUGGCUCACCUUUAACGGACGGCAACGGUGGCAAUAGCAACGGUAAUAGUAGAAGUAGAAGCAGAAGUAGAAAAUCUAGUGGAACUACAGGUGGUUUGCUAAAAAAGCCGCCGCUGCUUGUGAACAAUGAAGCGGUGCAUGCUAGCGUACCCGACGCGUCGCACACUUCCUGUAACAAUGGCACGCUUGAAGUGAGCAUAAAUAACCCUGAGCCACAUGUGGUAGAUGCCGUGGCACGCCACUUGAUAAGAAACCCGAGUAACAGCCUACAAUUGCAAGGCGGAGACAUUACAAGAGAUCUGUAUAAGUGGACAAACGACCAUCCUUCAUCACCAUCGCAGUAUCAGUACCCAAGUCAACCUGCACUUUCCACCUCAAUACCUUCACAAGCGCCCUCAUUCUCGAAUCGUAAAAGGUCUAUGAGCUUUUCUGCCGCUUCUAUAGCAUCUUCCUCUCACCUUAACAACAACUCGGAGGCGAAUGGGAAUCCUCUAGCGGCAAUAGGCCUGGCGCCCGCACCGAUGACGCACGAAGAAAUCAGGGCUCCUGGUGGAUUCAGAAGAUCUUUUAUAAUACAGAAGCGCAGGAAACAUAACGUUGAUGCGCCCAUACCGAAUUUUUUCACCAGGAACUUUAUUGAAUUUUUGACCUUGUAUGGCCACUUCGCUGGUGAAGAUUUAUCGGAAGAAGAGGAGGAGGAGGAAGAAACUGAAGAGGAGCCAGAGGAGGAAGCUUUGGAAACGGAAAGCACCCAGCUAGUUUCUCGUGAACACGGGCGCCAUCCUCACAAAUCAUCUACGGUAAAGGCGGUGCUGCUCUUGUUAAAGUCAUUUGUUGGGACAGGUGUGCUUUUCCUACCAAAGGCUUUCCAUAACGGUGGUUGGGGAUUUAGCGCCCUUUGUCUACUCUCGUGUGCCCUCAUUUCUUAUGGAUGUUUCGUAUCAUUGAUUACCACCAAGGACAAAGUAGGCGUAGAUGGGUACGGUGACAUGGGUCGUAUACUAUAUGGGCCCAAAAUGAAAUUUGCCAUUCUUUCGUCUAUCGCCUUGUCACAAAUCGGGUUUUCUGCUGCAUACACUGUUUUCACUGCAACUAAUUUGCAGGUCUUUUCUGAAAAUUUCUUCCAUUUGAAACCGGGCAGCAUCAGUCUAGCCACCUAUAUCUUUGCACAAGUACUCAUCUUUGUCCCACUAUCUUUGACAAGAAACAUAGCCAAGUUAAGUGGGACCGCGUUAAUAGCAGAUCUAUUUAUUCUACUGGGAUUGGUUUAUGUUUACGUUUACUCCAUUUAUUAUAUUGCUGUUAAUGGUGUCGCAUCCGAUACAAUGCUUAUGUUCAAUAAAGCGGACUGGUCGUUGUUCAUCGGUACCGCCAUAUUCACCUUUGAAGGUAUAGGCCUACUUAUCCCCAUUCAGGAGUCAAUGAAACACCCGAAGCAUUUCCGGCCAUCGUUGUCCGCGGUGAUGUGUAUCGUGGCAGUGAUUUUCAUAUCAUGUGGUCUCUUAUGCUAUGCCGCUUUUGGAUCUGACGUGAAAACUGUUGUUUUAUUGAAUUUUCCGCAGGACACUUCCUAUACUCUCACUGUUCAAUUACUGUAUGCAUUAGCCAUUUUGUUAUCCACGCCGUUGCAGCUAUUUCCCGCGAUACGUAUUUUGGAAAACUGGACUUUUCCCUCAAAUGCAUCUGGUAAAUACAACCCGAAAGUCAAAUGGUUGAAAAACUAUUUCCGUUGCGCUAUUGUCGUCCUGACAUCUAUCCUCGCUUGGGUAGGCGCCAACGAUUUGGACAAAUUUGUAUCACUGGUAGGCUCCUUCGCGUGUAUCCCAUUGAUCUACAUAUACCCGCCAUUGUUGCACUAUAAGGCGUCCAUCUUAUCUGGAACCUCGAGAGCCAGGCUUCUUUUAGAUUUAAUCGUCAUAGUAUUUGGAGUUGCUGUCAUGGCCUACACGUCAUGGCAGACGAUUAAAAUGUGGAGCCAGUAA